AUGCUAACUGCUGAACAAAAGAGAUCGGGUUCGAAUACGGGAGAAGGCAUGGAUGUUUGCCUCUAUGUGACAGCAAAAGAUAAUCUCACAGCUAUAUUUACAGAUGGCUCAAAAACCGAGACAGGUACUGGCAGUGCCUUCUGCGUUCUAAAAGGUAAUACAAUUGUGUAUAAAUGGAAAAGAAGACUUGGCAGUAGGAACUCAGUAUUCCAAGCUGAGCUGGCAGCACUUAAAGCAGCAAUUAAUUAUGUGAGAGGAACAGACUUAUCCACAUUACUAUUUAUAGUGAUUCUGCCUCUAGGCCUUGACGCAAUCAAAGGUUACAAAAGCAGAAGCCAGUAUGUCCAAGAACUUAUAAAAAUCCUCCUCAGUCUCUACCAUCAGAAAGGCCAUGCCUCAGUGGGUUCCGGCGGCUCACGUGGGCAUAAAGGCAAUGAGGAAGCAGACACCCUGGCAAAAGAAGCGGCAAAGGAGGUCUCAAGAACAGAACUGCCAGAUAAAUUACCUAGAUCUCAUCUCAAAAAGAUCACUCUAAAACAACUGAUAGACAGAUGGCAAGCCAGAUGGGACACAGCAGAUACAGGAAGGAGAACGUAUAUGUUCUUCCCAAAAAUAACGCUAGAGUUAAACUGCAAUAGUGGUAGUCAGACACAGUUUUAUACAGGUCAUGGCCCAUUCCUGACCUAUCUGCAUAGAUUCAGCCUGAGUGACACAGAAAGAUGUCAAUGUGGAGAGGUGGGGGAUCCAGACCACUACGUCUUCCACUGA